AUGCCGCCGCCGACGCUCUGGCUGGGCGCGGGUGCGGGCACCGCGGAGGGGCGCCACCGGCGGGCCGCGCCGCGGCCGGGGAGAGGCUGCAGGCCCGCGAGCGCCCCAGCGAGCCCGCUGCCUCUGGAAAGGAGCGGCCCGGGCGGCGCUUUCGCCACGCCGCGGGCGCCGUCGGAGGUUAGCCUCGGCGGGUGGUCCGCCAGGUCGGGCUCCGACGAGCGGGCCCCCUUCUUCCGCCACGGGAUCUGCGAGGACCUGAUCGCGAGGAGACCAGGCUGGUGCCCGGAGCCCAGUGGGGGCAUCCCUGGGGGCGGCGGACUGGAGGCGGGGGAGACGGCGGUGGGCGAGCCCCCGCGCGGCGCUGCUGAGGCGGGCCCGUGGCGCGUCAGGUUCCUCGCGGGCAUUUCGAAGCAGCGCGUACAUUGGCGCAGCUCGCGGGUCGACGUCCCUUGCCACGUUGGGGCCGAGCUGAGGGGGCAUCGGCGGCAGGAUGCCUGGACCGUUGUCACGGAGGUGUGCCACGGGUGCCACGGGCACGCCAUGUCGACGCGGCACGACCCGGAACAGUACCUGCACGCCGCCCACACCAUUGUGCGCGAGGGUUUGCAGCUGGCGUUGAAGGGAAGAGCGCCCGAGGUCGAGAGCCGCGUGCUGCUGACGACAGACCUGUGCUGCCGCGUGGGCUGCCUGGAGGUAUUCCUGCUGCCCCCCGUGGAGCACAGGCAGCACGCAGUCCUCCUGCACUCCAAGCUGAUAUCCAGGAUCUUCCCCACCGCCGAAGGCUUGAGCAGGAAGUUGCUCCUCGGGAUGGCAGCAGGCUCCGCAGACGCGAAGUGGCCGGCGAGGUGCGCCUCGCUCGCCGAGGGCGCCGGCACGACCGCUGCGGCAGAGGGCGCCCAGGCCGAGCUCCCACGGGCGACAGCGCUGUCGCGCGCACACUCCGCGCCGCAGCAGUCCUGCGUCAUCGCCGAGCUCGAGCCUGCCCUGGAGUUCCGCCACACGGUCAGCCCGAACGACGAGGAGCCCCUCGUCGGGCAGGCGCGCGGGGCCUGCCUGGGCCUCCGCGGCCUCCGCGACGAGCUCGCCCGCGCCAGGGGCGAGCGGGACGCGGCGGCGAUGCACGCGGCCCUCCGCGAGGCGGAGCGCGCGCAGCUGCCAGACGGCGAGGCUGCCCUGGCCAGGGCUGAGCUGGAGGCCCUGUGCUGGGAGGCCCGCACUGCCGUGCAGAGGCGGGACGUCGUGCGGCUCGGCCAGGCGCUGGAGGGGUGGUGCAUCCCUCAGGCCGCGCAACUCCCGCGCGCGUCCGAGGGGUCGGCGGACGCGCUGCACGGUCUGGCAGCCGCGGCGCGGAAGUUGCGCCAAUGGGUGCAGGCGUGCUCCUCCAUCCACAACGCGUUCGAGUCCGUUGUGGCCUCGCAGCCGCAAGAGCGGCGCGCGAGAUUGGCACACUUGGUCAGGCAGCUCGAGGCCGCGCACGCCCAGGGUCUGAGGCUGCCGCCCGCCGCUGAGGCCGCCUGGCGAAAGGCCUUGUGCGAGGGCAUGGCCGCACUGAGCGUGCCCGCCGCUGGGGGGGGGCCCAGCGUGGUGACCCGACUAAGGGAGAGCGCGAUGAGGAAGCUGACGAUGAGACUGCAGGAAGCGCUGGGGGGUCCCUUGAGCCUCGCGGCCCUGGAGAGCGCCGCGCACGAGGCGGACCGCCUGGGCGUCGCCGCGGCGGCGGGCCCCAGCGCCGACGACACGGGCGGCCCUGGGCAGCUCGUCGCCGAGGUGCAGCGCUGCCGCGCCGCGCUGCGAGCACUGCGCGCCCGCCUGGAGGGUGCCCUGGACGCCCUGCUCGGCAGCGCUGCCCCGACGGGCGGCCUGGAGCCGAGCGCGGGCGCGCUGGCGGCACUCGUGGAGGAGGCGGGGCGCUGCCAGGCCAGGUCGGGGGCCCUGGGCUUCGAUGACCCGAGCGUCGCGGCGGGGCGGGCCGUGCUGAGCGCGCGGGGGCUGCAGGUGCGGCGCCACGGUGGCCAUCUGCUGGUGCGCCUCGGCGCCGGCGGCGCCCCGCCUUGGCACGGGGCGUCGGAGGCGGCCAGCGCGGAGGUGCUGACGAGCAGGGCAGACGAGCUGAGCCAACGUACCACGACCGAUCAGGGCGGCUGGUGCUUCGUGCCCCCAGGCGCGGAGGAGUUCGAUAUCCUCCUGCUCGGCGAGCCCGGUCUCCGCCGGGCAGUCUUCCAUCGAGCCUCGCUCCGCUCGUGGCAGGUCCGCGAGCUCGAGCCAGACUUGGGCAUGCUCCGCGUGCUUCGCGCCAGCGAUCCUCCGCUCCGAUACGCUGUUAGCCUCGGGGGCCCCGCGGCCGCGCCAAAGGGGUGGCGGCCAGGUACCGGAGUGCCUCUCGCGCUGAUCGGGGAGGACUCUGGCGGUAUCGCGUCCGCCUCCCAGCCCUCGCCCGCGCUGCGGCGGCGCCUCCACGGGGCUGCCGCAGGAGCGCCGGUGGCCGUGGCACUCUCGCGCGGGCGCCGCCCGAGCAAGGAGGUCGGGGCGCCCCAGGACUACACCGACGACGGCGGAUGGUGCCGGCUCAAGGACCCCAGUGCUGGGGCGGUGCGGCUCUGGCCACCGCUCGACGGUCAACGGGCGUAUCAGCCAGUGGACGUCGUCAUCGCAAGCUUGCCGACGGAAGUGGAGCUGCCACCAGCGCGCAGUCCCAGCGGCGGUGGCACCCCGAGCAGCGCGGCGAGUGCGUCUUUCGGCUCCGCCACGGAGGCUGGCAGCGCGUCCCUCGGCUCCUUCAGCACAGCUGGGCAGACAGUGCAGGAUGACCACACCUGCCAGCCCAUCGGACUGGAAGGCCAAGCCUGCUUGCCAGAUGUCAGCAGCUCCCUCGCGGCGCGCCGCCCCUCCCAGCUGCGGCUGCGCCUUGCGGAGCGGGCGGCCUCCUCUCCACGGCCACUGCCGGCAGAGGCGACGGCUUCGCCUCGGCAGCAGCCAACAGAGUUGACACUCUCGGCGCACUCGGCCCGAGCGGCGGUCGCGGAGACACUGGAGCUGAGCACCUCUCCAAGCCCGGCGGGAGCGGCGCUUGCAGAGCCACCGGUGGAGGAAUCGGAGUCGGAGCUCGCGGCUUUCCCAGGCGCGGCCGUUGCUACGGCCUCGGCAAGCCCAGCGGAAGCGCGCCCACCUGCGCGGCAGCCGCAGCCGGAGGAGCUGCCGUAUCCGGCAUUUAUCGCAGCCUCGACGCAGCCAGCGGAGGGGCCAGCGCCUUCACCGCAGCCAUCGGAAUUGACGGCCUCGCGGACGCCACGGCGAGCGGAGCUGACCAGCUCGCCACGCCCACCAGCAGCGGCAGCUGCGGAGCAGGGAGCCCCCAGCCAGCAGCGAGCAGACAGCGACGGCCAGCAGCCAACGGAGUUGACACUCUCGGCGCACUCGGCCCAAGCGCCGGUCGCGGAGACACCGGAGCUGAGCACCUCCCCAAGCUCGGCGGGAGCGGUGCUUGCAGAGCCACCAGUGGAGGAAUCGGAGUUCGCGGCUUUCACAGGUGCGGCCGUUGCCACGGCCUCGGCAACGCCAGCGGAGGCGCUCCCACCUGCGCGGCAGCCGCAGCUGGCGGAGCUGCCGUAUCCGGCAUCCAUCGCAGCCUCGACGCAGCCAGCGGAAGGGCCAGCGCCCUCACUGCAAGCACGGCCAUCGGAAUUGACGGCCUCGCGGUCGCCACGGCAAGCGGAGCUGACCACCUCGCCACGCCCACCACGGCAGCUGCGGAGCAGGGAGCCCCCGGCCAGCCGCGAGCAGGCAGCGACGGCCCGCAGGCCAGGGGCGACCCAGCGCGGCACGGCGGCGGGGGCGGCAGCCCCGGCGCGGCAGCAGGGGCGGGCCCGAGGCCGUGGGGCGCCCCAGCCGCACGUCGGCGCCGAGCCCCGCCAGGGGCGUGCUGGCGGCGCUGCGGGAGGCGGAGCCCUCGGCGGGCGAGCCGCUGCCGCGACGCCGCGGCAGCCCUGGCGGCGGCGGCGGCGGCGGUGCACCGCUGUUGGAGGGGGUACCGUGGACGUACGCCCCCGUCAACGAGGCCCCCAUAGUGAUCCGCGAGACGCCGGAGAUCUCCGGCAGGGCAACACCCCACGAGUUGAUGCCGGGCGCGCGGUUCCUGGUGGCAGAGGAGGUUCAGGGCUUGCAGGGGGUGCUUUUCCUGAGGUUGGCCGAUGGCAAAGGCUGGCUCUUCGAUCGCAAGCCUGA